AUGAGUGUAGCGGAGGACACGAAUCCGGUGGCCCCUCGCGUUUCGUUUCGCAUCCGAAUUGUCGAAAUCGACACCGUGAACUCUCGCAAUUCCAGCACCGUGAUACGAGGGAAAUUAGAGACGGUCGUCUUGGUCUCUGAUUCGUUAUGGGUCAAUCAGAUAUAUCUC